AUGCCCAAGGCAGCUCAAGAUUGCUUACUCGAUGAUAGCCAUGGAAACAAAAUAGCUUUCCUAGCUUUGAAUGGGGAGAGGAAACCAAUCCUGGUUUUCGUCAGGCAUUUUCUGUGCUAUACCUGCAAAGAAUAAUAUGUGGAGGAUUUGGCAAAAGUCCCACAAAAAUAUCUAACGGAUGCUGGUGUCAGACUAAUAGUUAUUGGACAGUGCACUUAUCAUCAUAUUCAGAGUUUCUGUUCACAAAUGAGAUACAAUCAUAACAUUUAUGUCUAUCCAAGCAGACAGAUUUAUAAGGGACUGGGAAUGAAACAAGGAGAAAUAUUUCACCGAGAAGUUAGGAGUCUCCAUGUCAAAUCAAACUUUCUGAGCAUUUGGCGAGCCAUGAACAGCCCAGCAUUUGACUUUCAGGGUGACGCAGCUCAGCAAGGUGGAGCUUUGAUCGUAGGCCCCGGGGAGCGAGUUCACUUUGGUCAUCUAGAUAUGAAUAAGCUUGAUCACACACCCAUCAACUUCGUGCUGCAACUGGCCGGUGUAACAACAGUGGACUUCAGAGCUCAGGCACAAACCAUUGACCUUUGA